GUAACUUGACGAUACAUUAUUAUUACACUGAGUAAAAAACCUUUAGACUUUUUGAACUAUGGAUACUUUUCAUGUACAGCAGUUGCCAUACGUAAAUCCCAGUGAUAUCUAUAAGAAUAAAGAAGGACCUGUGAGUCAAAGCAGUCUACCAAACGAUCAUAGUAAUGUACCCAACAGAGCCCCAAAGUGCGCAAGGUGUCGAAAUCAUGGUGAAAUCAAUGUUUUGAAAGGUCAUAAACGAUUUUGCAAAUGGAAGAAUUGCGAAUGUGUUAAGUGUAACUUGAUUGCAGAAAGACAAAGAGUUAUGGCUGCUCAAGUGGCACUACGCCGACAACAAGCUCAAGAAUCUCAUCUAAUCAAUGCAAAACGUAAUUUAUAUGCAGAGUACACUGAUGUUGUUCAAGCACCCAAACGAAUCAAGUUUGAAACAGAUUUAAUCACGCCGACAUUUGACAGGACUUGUUUGGAAUCGCACUUAGAUAAGAACAGUGCUUGCAUGGAAAACUGCAAAACUACAAAUAACAGUGAUACAACUUCAGGAUGUUUCUCAUUAUCUCCGACCAGUGAUGCCGCGACUACUCCAGAUUACUCGAAUACAGCUAGUGAUAAAUGUGGCCAAGUUUUGCCAAUUCAUUCUACUCCAGUGAGAAAUUUUCCCAAAUUAGGCCAGAAAGAUAAUUUGGAAAUAAAACGAAACGACUCAUGUUACAUUGAAUCUUGUGAAAAUUCAAUGAGAAGGACGUUCCAUGCAUUGGUUCGAACAUUUCCUACAAUUCUUCCAACUACGAUUCUUGAAACAUUGAACGAAUGUGAUGAUAAUGUUAUCAAAACAAUGGAAGAGUUAUUGAAGAAAAGAUCUGCUUACUCAACAGAGUCAGCAAAUGCUGAAGCAUGUUCUCGCCUACCAAAGCAGUUACCCUGUUACCCUGGAUUACUGGGAUAUAAUUCAACAGUUUUACCAACAUCAUUCAACCCAUCGAUUUUUUUCCAGACAGACUUGCUGAAAAGAUAUCCCUUUGUUCCAUCAUUUAUCAACCCCUAUUCUAGUGUCCAAAGAAAUUUAGUAUAAAUAUUUUGUAAAGAAGGUUUUGUGGGCUGACGAAAAUUACAUUUUAGGACGAGGAAACAUGGGUGCAUGGAUGGAAAUGACACAUAAUUAAAACGCUCUAGAAGUUAUUUACCGACAAUUUAUUUUUGCCUGCAAUACUUUUUUUAUUAUUUUUCUUGUGCAUGAAUCAUAUAUUUUAUUUGAGCAAAAUAAAUUAAAAUAUCAUUAUGAGUCAAGAUCGUAGCCAGCCCA